CCCCGCCAAGAGGAGGCCCAAUGGUAGCGGCGCGCAGGCACGCUGGGGGCGGGCGGUGCGCGCCCGACUUUUCCAGAAGGGUGCGGAGCUUGCUUUCCGGCCACGCUUAGCCGGCCUUGGGGAUUCCUCGGGUUGGGUCUCAUCUUCUUCAUCUGCUGGGCCCGCCAUGGCGGCCGUAAAGACCCUGAACCCCAAGGCCGAGGUGGCACGAGCCCAGGCGGCGCUGGCGGUCAAUAUCAGCGCGGCCCGUGGGCUGCAGGACGUGCUGAGGACCAACCUGGGGCCCAAGGGCACCAUGAAGAUGCUUGUUUCUGGUGCUGGAGACAUCAAGCUUACUAAAGAUGGUAACGUGCUGCUUCAUGAAAUGCAAAUUCAACACCCAACAGCCUCCUUAAUAGCAAAAGUAGCAACAGCUCAGGAUGACAUAACUGGUGAUGGUACUACUUCCAACGUCCUGAUCAUCGGAGAGUUGCUGAAACAGGCGGACCUCUACAUUUCUGAAGGUCUGCAUCCCAGAAUAAUAACUGAAGGAUUUGAAGCUGCAAAGGAAAAGGCACUUCAAAUUUUGGAACAAAUCAAAGUAAGCAAAGAGAUGGACAGACAAACACUUAUAGAUGUGGCCAGAACAUCUCUGCAUACUAAAGUUCAUGCUGAACUUGCUGACGUCUUAACAGAGGCUGUAGUUGACUCCAUUUUGGCCAUUAAAAAACAAGAUGAACCUAUUGACCUUUUCAUGGUUGAAAUCAUGGAGAUGAAACAUAAAUCUGAAACUGAUACAAGCUUAAUUAGAGGGCUUGUUUUGGACCAUGGGGCACGGCAUCCUGAUAUGAAGAAAAGAGUAGAAGACGCAUACAUCCUCACAUGCAAUGUGUCAUUAGAAUAUGAAAAAACAGAAGUGAACUCUGGCUUCUUUUACAAGAGUGCAGAAGAGAGAGAGAAACUUGUAAAAGCUGAAAGAAAAUUCAUUGAAGAUAGAGUUAACAAAAUAAUAGAACUGAAAAAGAAAGUCUGUGGUGAUUCAAAUAAAGGAUUUGUCGUUAUUAAUCAAAAGGGAAUUGACCCUUUCUCCUUAGAUGCCCUUGCAAAAGAAGGCAUAGUAGCUCUGCGCAGAGCUAAACGAAGAAAUAUGGAGAGGCUAACACUUGCCUGUGGCGGGGUGGCUCUAAACUCUUUAGAUGACCUAAAUCCUGACUGUUUGGGAUAUGCAGGACUCGUCUAUGAGUACACGCUGGGAGAAGAGAAGUUCACCUUCAUUGAGAAAUGCAAUAACCCUCGGUCUGUCACACUGUUGAUCAAAGGACCAAAUAAGCACACACUCACUCAAAUCAAAGAUGCGAUAAGAGAUGGCUUGAGGGCUGUCAAAAAUGCUAUUGAUGAUGGCUGUGUGGUUCCAGGUGCUGGUGCAGUGGAAGUGGCAAUAGCAGCAGCUCUGAUGAAAUACAAGCCCAGUGUCAAGGGCAGGGCCCAGCUUGGAGUCCAAGCAUUCGCUGAUGCGUUACUCAUUAUUCCCAAGGUUCUUGCUCAGAACUCUGGUUUUGACCUUCAGGAAACACUAGUAAAAGUUCAAGCUGAACAUUCAGAAUCUGGUGAACUUGUGGGUGUAGACUUGAACACAGGUGAGCCAAUGGUAGCAGCAGAAGCAGGCAUAUGGGAUAACUAUUGUGUAAAGAAACAGCUUCUUCAUUCCUGCACUGUGAUUGCUACCAACAUUCUCCUUGUUGAUGAGAUCAUGCGAGCUGGAAUGUCUUCUCUAAAAGGUUGAAUUGAAGCUUCCGUUUUAUCAUCUGAAUCAUGAAGACUCUACAGAGUGAUCCUAAGGAUAUGGCUAUGGGAUUUUUGCCCAAGCUUCAAAUAAUUCUCAAAGGAAUUUUCUUUUCCCAUAUUAAAACAGGAGAUCAUUGUCACCUAUUCAAAUUCCAAGUUCUGAAAUUAUAAUUACAGUAUUUUUUAAAUGCACUGAAGUGUGUACACAGAAAGCAAGUCCUUUUUACCCAGUGAAUGGGUGGUUUUGCUUUAGUUGCAGUGGCAUAAAAUUACAUGUUAGAUAAGGGUAUGUUACCUACUUUGUUAAUAAAUACUCCUUCAAAAACAAAUUUUAACAGCUUAAUAAUUUAUUAACCAAAAAAACCUGUUACCAUCUGUCAAGAUGAUUCUGACUCAGCAACCCUGUAGGACUGAGUAGAACUGCCUCAUAGGUUUCCAAGCCUGUGAAUCUUAAACGGAAGCAGACUGCCACAUUCUUUCUCAGAGCAGCUGUUGGUAGACUUAAACGUUAAUUUAUCCAACAGCUCUGUACUGAGCACUUGAAGUUUUAAAUGUAAACACCUAAGUAACAAGUUUUUGAAAGCAUCUAUUUCCUUAGUGUAAAUUCCUAUGAGUACAAUAUUGGCUCCAUUGGACUUUUCAUGCCUUUGAAAUAGCUUUGUUAAAAUGCCCCCCCACCCCCACCCCAGAAAGUUAUGUUUAUACUCUAGUAGGUGGAAAGAUGGGUGAACUGGAAGCCUGGGCGGGAAAGCUACAAGUAUAAAAGGGAAAAAUCGAGAUCAAGGCAACAGAGGUAAAAAGCUGGCUCAAGGCAUGGUGACCAGGGAAGCUAGGGUUAGUGGAGAUUAAGGUUGACCAUAUUUUCACGCCUCUACCUUUGCUUACGCUGAAAUGUACAUUCCAAAGCUUCAGUAUCGACUUUUUCUCACCCAAAUAACUUGUAUCUCCUGUUUCCACGAAAUUGUUCUUACGUAGUUGCUGUGUUUCUGCAUUUCUUGAAGGUGUACGCGUGUGUUAACAUAGCUCUGUA